CGCAGGCUCCUGUGCGCGCGCGUCUCCUCCUCCAGAGAUGUCGCAGGAGCAUCUCCUGUCAGCGCGCCCUUUCUUUGCUCCUUUUCUUUUCUUUGACACUUCACCGCUUCUGGGCCCGUCAUUUUAAUCGUACCCACAUCAUCGUCAGCACCGGCAGCAUCACAGGCGCCGCAGAACGCGGCCGACCCACAGUCAGGUGACAGCGCGGAGUGGAAUAUUCAUCAGCAGCGUGCUUGCUUGUCUUUCAUCCCCUCUCCUCCAUCCGACUGCAGUAGCCGGCUCACGGUCGUCUUCCUCAUCCUCCCCCGCUCCCACCACCGCCUCUUCCGCCACUACAACCCCUCCUCCCGCCCUCCUGUGCAUCCUCUCUCAUCCGGGCCGGGACAUUCUCCGCUCCACGCACACGCAAGAUUAACAGGGGAUUGUGGCUCUCCGCCCGCCCGCCCACUGAUGCUGAUGCUGAUGUCCUUGAGCUCGGCCUGCACGGUCCCUGUGGAGCAGGAGUAGCUAUUACCUACCUCGCAUUGGCACCCACUUCCUCUCUAACUUGGGCUCAUCGGCCCCUCUCUCCAUUUGUCAGCCACUCCCUUUUACACAUGCGUCUGCCGGCACGCCCGUCCAUGGACUGGCUGUGAACCUGGAGAGAGGGGGACAGGCGAGACCAAGGAAAAGAAAGCUGGAUUCGUUCAGAUACCUCGCUUGUGAAGUGCUCAAGCACACCGUUCUUCACCCCCCUCAUCCUCCUCCUCCUCCAGUGAUGGAGAAGUGAAGGAGAAGCGGAAGACACUGAGGGGAGAAAAACAACACAAUCAGCUCCACUUUAUUCUGCAAAAGACCAUUAAAGUGUAUGAGAACAAUUUAGUUUUGAAUAAGAAAUCAAGGAGAGACGAGCUGUUGAACACAUGAACAAGCUGUCAGCGAGCACACGAGCGGGUCACUGAGGCGAGGACAGACAGGGAAGGAGGUGGGGAAGGACAAACACAACACAAAUCAACCUCGUGUCAUGUCAACAACAGGCACAAUGGGCGAAAUGGCAAACAGCACAGUGGAGUUCUACCCCAAAGGGACUCGAGGAGGAGGAAGGGAGGACGGCAACCGUGGUGGAGGAGACUUUGGGGUCACGUUGAAGGAGUUGAGGGAGCUGAUGGAGCUCAGGGGGGGCGAGGCCAUGCAAAAGAUCCAGGAUAGCUACGGAGACACGGAGGGACUCUGCCAAAGACUACAGUCCAGCACUACUGACGGUCUCAGCGGGGAUCCAACUGACUUGGAGCGUCGCUGUCAGACCUUUGGCCAAAAUUUCAUCCCCCCAAAGAAGCCCAAGACUUUUCUUGAGCUUGUGUGGGAGGCCCUACAAGAUGUCACACUCAUCAUUUUGGAGAUUGCUGCAAUCAUCUCCCUCGCCCUUUCUUUCUACCAGCCUCCUGGAGAGGAUUCAGAGCUGUGUGGCAAUGUGGCGGCAGGAGCAGAGGAUGAAGGCGAGGGGGAGGCCAAUUGGAUCGAGGGUGCCGCCAUUCUACUUUCCGUGGCAUGUGUCGUCCUGGUGACGGCGUUUAAUGACUGGUCCAAGGAGAAGCAGUUCCGGGGUCUACAGAGUCGAAUCGAGCAGGAACAAAAAUUCACGGUAGUACGGAAAGGAAAUGUCAUCCAGAUUCCUGUGGCUGACAUGGUGGUGGGAGACAUGGCGCAGGUCAAAUACGGGGACCUUCUGCCAGCCGAUGGUAUUUUAAUUCAAGGGAAUGAUCUGAAGAUAGAUGAGAGCUCUCUAACAGGAGAGUCGGACCAUGUACGCAAGUCUGUGGAGAAGGACCCCAUGUUGCUCUCAGGUACUCAUGUGAUGGAGGGUUCAGGCCGCAUGCUGGUAACAGCUGUUGGUGUCAACUCACAAACGGGCAUCAUCUUCACUCUGCUGGGGGCUGGAGAAGUGGAGGAAGAUGGGAAAGAAAAAAAAGAGGACAAUACUCAGUUGCUCAUCUCCACAGAUGCAAGUUACAGCACAGUCACCAAUGGAAAACAACCUGAUGGCACAGUGGAGAACAACCAGAACAAAGCUAAGAAGCAGGACGGUGGUGUCGCCAUGGAGAUGCAACCCCUAAAAAGCGCUGAGGGUGGGGAAGUAGAGGACAGAGAGAAGAAGAAGACCAAUGUACCCAAGAAGGAAAAGAGUGUCUUGCAGGGCAAACUCACCAAACUUGCAGUUCAAAUUGGAAAAGCAGGUUUGGUGAUGUCCGCAAUCACUGUCAUCAUCUUGGUGCUCUACUUCGUCAUUGAUACCUUUGUUGUUGAAGGUCAUGCAUGGGUAACGGAGUGCACACCCGUCUACAUCCAAUACUUUGUCAAGUUUUUCAUCAUUGGAGUCACUGUAUUGGUGGUGGCGGUCCCUGAAGGUUUACCUCUUGCUGUUACCAUCUCAUUGGCGUACUCUGUCAAGAAAAUGAUGAAAGACAACAACCUGGUUCGCCACCUGGAUGCAUGUGAGACCAUGGGCAACGCUACAGCCAUCUGCUCGGACAAGACAGGCACGCUCACCACCAACCGAAUGACUGUUGUACAGGCCUACGUAGGUGAUGUGCACCACCGUUUGAUCCCAGAUCCUGGACAGGUUAACCCUCGGACAUUGGAUCUAUUAGUCCACGCCAUCUCCAUCAACAGUGCCUACACCUCCAAGAUCUUACCACCAGAUGUGGAGGGAGGUCUGGCAAAGCAGGUAGGCAACAAGACAGAGUGCGGCCUGCUAGGAUUUGUCUUAGACCUCCAACAAGACUAUACUCCUGUCAGAGAGCAAAUCCCCGAGGAGAGACUAUACAAGGUGUACACCUUUAACUCUGUACGUAAAUCCAUGAGCACGGUGAUAAAGCUACCAGAUGGUUCCUUCCGUCUCUACAGCAAGGGAGCCUCUGAAAUCAUGCUGAAAAAGUGUUCUUACAUUUUAGAUGCCAAUGGAGAACCACGUAGUUUCCGCCCAAGGGACCGAGAUGAGAUGGUCAAACAGGUGAUCGAGCCAAUGGCAUGUGAGGGCCUGAGGACCAUAUGCAUCGCUUAUCGUGACCUGCCCUCCAAUCCAGAACCCGACUGGGAAAAUGAGGCCGAAAUAGUGACAGAGUUGACGUGUAUCACCGUGGUCGGAAUUGAGGAUCCAGUAAGACCUGAGGUACCCGAGGCUAUCCGAAAGUGUCAGCGUGCGGGCAUCACUGUGCGGAUGGUGACUGGUGAUAACAUUAACACAGCCAGGGCCAUCGCUGCCAAAUGUGGAAUCAUCCACCCCGGGGAUGACUUUAUCUGUCUGGAGGGCAAAGACUUCAACCGACGAAUCAGGAACGAGAAAGGAGAGAUCGAACAGGAGCGAAUUGAUAAAAUCUGGCCCAAACUGCGUGUGUUGGCUCGGUCUUCACCAACAGACAAGCAUACUCUUGUCAAAGGCAUUAUUGACAGUAGUAUUGUAGAACAGAGGCAGGUGGUCGCAGUAACAGGAGAUGGAACCAAUGACGGACCGGCUUUGAAGAAGGCUGAUGUUGGCUUUGCUAUGGGCAUUGCUGGGACAGACGUGGCCAAAGAAGCAUCUGACAUCAUCUUGACUGACGACAACUUCAGCAGCAUUGUCAAGGCGGUGAUGUGGGGACGAAACGUCUACGACAGCAUUUCCAAGUUCCUGCAGUUCCAGCUCACUGUGAAUGUAGUGGCUGUCAUCGUAGCCUUCACCGGCGCCUGUAUCACUCAGGACUCUCCUCUGAAGGCGGUGCAGAUGCUGUGGGUGAACCUCAUCAUGGACACGUUUGCCUCUCUGGCCCUGGCCACCGAGCCCCCCACUGAGGCGCUGUUGCUACGGAAACCCUACGGUCGCAACAACCCGCUCAUUUCCCUUACCAUGAUGAAAAACAUCCUGGGUCAUGGAGUUUACCAGCUGGUCAUCAUCUUCACCCUGCUUUUUAUUGGCGAGCACAUGUUUAACAUCGACAGCGGUCGAAACGCUCCGCUCCACUCGCCUCCGUCCGAGCACUACACCAUCAUCUUCAACACCUUUGUCCUCAUGCAGCUGUUCAAUGAGAUCAACGCACGUAAAAUCCACGGGGAGAGAAACGUCUUUGAUGGCAUAUUUUCCAACCCUAUCUUCUGCUCCAUUGUUCUGGGAACCUUCGCAGUUCAGAUUGUGAUUGUGCAGUGGGGAGGCAAGCCAUUCAGUUGUGCUCCACUCAACGUGGAACAGUGGCUCUGGUGUCUGUUUGUGGGUGUUGGAGAGUUGCUUUGGGGUCAGGUGAUUGCGACUGUCCCGGCGGAGCGGUUGCCGUGCCUGAAGGAAGCGGGUCUCGGUCUGGAGCCCGGAGAAGAAGAAGGGGAGGAGCUAGCAGAGGACGAAGAGGAAAUUGACUGCGCUGAGAGAGAGCUACGUCGUGGACAGAUCCUCUGGUUCCGAGGCCUCAAUCGCAUCCAGACUCAGAUGGAGGUAGUGAGCACAUUCAAGCGAAGUGGCUCGUUUCAGGGAGCAGUGAGAAGGCGCUCCUCCGUGCUCAGUCAGCUCCACGACAUGCGAGUGGUGAAAGCAUUCCGUAGUUCGCUGUACGAGGGCCGGGAGAAACCAGAAUCCCGCAACUCCAUCCACAACUUCAUGGCCCACCCGGAGUUCCUCAUCAAUGACCUCAUCCACAACAUCCCGCUGAUCGAUGACACCGAUGUGGACGACGAAUCAGAACUCAGCAGAUAUCAGCACGUGCACCCGGCCCUUCGCAAGCCGCCGCCCCCUCCCACUCAGCCCACGGCCCGCACUCGUCCCACCCGUCCGUACCGCCAGUAUAGCCUCCCAGUGACCCAUUGCAACCGAAAUAACAACAACAGCAGCAGCAGCAGCAGCAACGCUUCAUCCAUUGCCCACAAACACAACAUCAACACCGUAACCCCUUGCAACCAAAUGCCCAGUCAUCACUACCAUCAACACUGCAACAACCAUCAUAGCAGGGACCGGCUGGGGAGAGCCCCAACCCCUCACCUUGCCCACCUCUACUGUGUGGAGACCACCUUAUAACUGAGUGGGGCAGGGAGAAGGAGAACUGAGUCCUGGGGUGGAAAGGUUAAAAAAAAAGGAGGGGGCAGAGGAGAGAUUUUGAGGACGCACACAUGACAUUUCCAUGCAAUCUCUCUCGUGACACAGGAGGGGGGAGGACAAUGGCUGCCGACUCCAUGUGAACAAUGACACUAUCAAGCCCCUUGUUCCCCCCUUAAACGACCACUCCUUCCCCCUCAUCCGCUACCUGACCUCACUCAUGUGGCAAUAGGGGCCCGAACCCUCCAUUCCGUCCGAUGUUCAUUAAGUGUGGUUGCCGUGACCCCGCCUACUUGCCUGCCAUGACACCUCAGUCCCAAUACGCAACAAUUAUCUGGUUUCGCAUUGGAAACGUUCAACUUUUGCUUGUAAAAUAAUUGUUGAAGCUUUAACUUCCUCAUCCAUUCCAUCUUGAUGCAUUCAUUUUUCAACAUAAUGGUGCUCAUUCUUUUUCACAUUGCUUCAGUUCUUCUUUCUCCUUGCGGCAUGACGAUAUUUUUCAUUCAACUCUUCCUUCUCACUUUCAAUAUGCGUAUGUUGUCUUGUCUCUACUGAGGAAAAAAAAGUAUACAUUUCAAACAGAUACCCUUCAUUUAAGCCUAAUAGUGAAAUGAGUUAUAUAAAUAUAUAUACAGUACAUAUGUAUAUAUGAUAUUAUUUUUUAUUAAUAAUUGGGAAGCGACAACGCAGAACUUGUCAUCAGUCGCCAAUCCUUGAAUGCUGCCCCAAAUCUACAUGAUGUUGUCUGUGUAGGAAGUACACGUCUAUACAUACAGUACAAAGGCCCCGUGCAUACGAUGAACUGACGUAUGACUUCAUGUCUUGAUACUGUAUCCUACCCAAGGCUCUUCAUUUCUUCUCUAUUCCCGUCCUGCUCUUCUUCCCCAGCUUUGCUUUGGCUCGCUUUUCUUUUUGGAAUGCUUGUGAAGCAUUAUCCCUUUAAAUGGCAUCAGGUCACAAUGAGCGGACUACGGCCCUUUAAGACUGACACUCACCUCAAACCUGCUCCUGCUUCUGCUCAUGUUAUUAGGUCAACGCCAUCAUGCAUUAUUGAAUGAGAUAGAUUAGGUAGAUGAACUCAUAUAGAUAAAUAUUGUUACAGAUGCAUCACAUAAACUCAGUUUGAUCAAAUCAAUUUCCCAUCAGCAGGCAAUUCCACUUGUACUAGUAGAUCCAUAUUCACAUACAGUGCCUUCCAGAAUUAUUGGCACCCCUGACAAAGAUGUGUUUUUUAGCUUCUAAUAAUUUUUUAAAAAAUUCAAAUAAUAUGGGACCUUAAUG